AUGCAACGGAGCUUUUUCUCCACGGUCCGAGUGCUCCGUCAUGAGAACCCACUAGGUCUUCCGCGCUCUGGCACCCCGCCGUCUUUUCCCCGUCGUCGAGGUCUACCUGUAAAACGGAAGAUCCGUGAUGUGAAUAAGAUCGUGGCUGUUUCAUCCGCAAAGGGAGGGGUUGGAAAGUCGACGAUUGCGGUCAACAUCGCUCUAUCACUAGCCCGUCGUGGUGUCCGAACAGGCAUUCUAGAUACGGAUAUAUUCGGACCGUCUAUUCCGAGUUUGCUCGACCUCUCCGGCGAACCGCGAUUAGACGAAAACAAUUGCCUCAUUCCCCUCACAAACUAUGGCCUAAAAUCAAUGUCAAUGGGCUACCUCCUCCCCCAACCAGAACCUAAUCCCUCCGACAACUCACCAUCCUCACCCAUUCCCAUGGACACAACCCCCAUCUCUUGGCGAGGGUUAAUGGUGACAAAAGCUAUGCAGCAACUCCUCCACUCAGUCUCCUGGGGUUCCCUUGAUAUCCUCAUCCUCGACCUUCCACCUGGCACAGGCGACGUGCAAUUAACUGUGGGCCAGGAACUCAUCGUCGACGGCGCAGUCAUCGUAACCACCCCGCAAGACAUUGCCCUGCGGGAUGCAGUAAGAGGCUGGGGCAUGUUCCAGCGCAUGGAUAUCCCCGUGCUGGGUAUGGUGCGCAACAUGGCAUAUUUCGCGUGUCCCCAAUGUGGCCAUCAGACGAAGAUCUUCUCGCAUGGCCAUCACCACAAUAAUGGUACUUCCGGUAAUGGUAAUGGUGAGGGUGGCGUCCUUGCCGAGUGCAAGAGGCUCGGAAUUGACUUUCUUGGUGAUAUCCCGCUAGAUGCCAAGGUCUGCGAAGAUGCAGAUAGAGGCGUUCCGACGGUUGUGGCGGAUGAGAAUUUCGAUACCAGUAUUCGACUCAAGGCAUUCCAUGAUAUCACUGACAAGGUGGCUGAGAAAGUUGGUCUGCAAUUACGGAAAUAA